AUGACAUCCGUCAAUAAGAAGUUAUUGUCUAUACCAGAUUUACGGCUGAUCGAUGAUCGAAAUAAAUACAAGUGGAUAACAACAGCUACUACUGCUGCUACCACUGCUGCCGUCGCUGCUUCCGAUUAUAACAAUGACGUCACAAAGAAAAAUUGGCGUCACGGGCUUAGUAGAAAAGAUAGGGGGUUUGUUCGCGACAACGACCCCGCCAGAGUUGACAAAGGCCAGGGUCAUCGAGUUUAUUUGCCAGCAUCACCAUCGUUCUAUUCAGACGGGGAAGUGACUCUGGAGAGGAUUAGGAGGACGAAUCAGUAUAAAAAGAUCAGUCACAUCAACAAAACUCACAACAACAACAACAGUAGUAGCAAGAACGACAGCUACCACGUUAACAGACGUAGCAGAAGCAGUCAGCGCAACGACAACGGCAACAACAAUCGCAUAAAAAACGACAACAGCAGCAAACGUGCUUAUGCAACAAAAACGAGCAAGACCGACAGCCACAGAAGUGACCACAUCGACUACACAACAAGUAGGAAACAACCUGACAUGAAAUUUAGCAGAUCAGCGCUUCACACUCUACGAACUCUACCGGACUCCACCAUCGUGACUAUCACUAUUGACUACGACGGUUUCCCGGACAUUCCAUCUAAAAACAAAAACAACAAUAAUCAUAACAACCACAACAGCAACAACAACAAAACUCCGAAUUACGGAUUCAACAUAGUCGGAUCAUCAGAUGUAGGAAGUGAAGGGAUUUACGUGUCAAAUGUCAAGGCUGGUUCUGAAGGUCACGCACGAGGGCUGAGGUCUGGAGAUCGCAUCCUAGCUAUCAAUGGUAUCUCGUUUGAGGAUGUGACGUCACAGGAAGCUGCUGCUGUAAUCCGAUCUAGCAGACGUCUAGAAAUGGUGGUAGAAAGGCCCAUUAAAAAGGGCAGACGACCUCCUACUGCCGCCCGCCCCCUCUACGUCUGGGUGACCCCAAAGGGGGCGAUGACGUCACCACCUCUCAGUGAUGAUGAUGGUGUUGGUGAUAAUGGUGACGGAAACGUGAAAAGAUUGUCGUCUUCGUCGCUGUCAUCAUCGUCAUCGGUUUUGAUGAAGAGAAAGUUUAAUAAGAUCAGAAGAGUGCAGAUAACAACGGGCAGUCGUAGAUUGGGCCUGGUCAUAAGAGGCGGUAGAGAAUACAAACUUGGUAUUUACGUCACAGGGGUCACCUCGGGGUCAUUAGGUGAACAGGCCGGGGUCAAGGUAGGUGACCAAAUCUUGGACGUAAAUGGACAUAAUUUUCUCGAUGUUGAUCACGUGAUGGCCAAAAAGAUUCUCAAAUCUUCCAAGGAAUUGAUCAUAACCCUCAAGGACGUUGGCAAGAUUCCUUACGGUAUAGCUACAGAAAAUUACAACAACAGCAACGACAACAUGAACAACAAAAGAGGCAGUGAUACGAUGGAUGGAGCUGUUGGGGAAAUGGAGUUAGACGUACCGAGCAGACGCAACUGGGACAGUCUUUCAGAAAAGUCAUCAUUUAAACGCGGCUGGGGUUCCCAACUGGUUCUAAACACUACCUGUACACCCCCCAUGUAUAAAUGGACCGAUCCAAGUAGCUUGUUAAAGAGGGCAAGUCGAUUGUUGAACGAAGGGGGUUACAAGAUGUUUAUCAACUAUUUGAAGUCGUAUCUAUACAGCGCUAUUUCUAUUUACGAUCUAUUCAAUGGGGCCAUCAUUUUGUUGAACAGCAGGAAAAAGUUAUCACUGCUGGAAGAUCUUCGUCACCUCAUCAGACACAAUGACCUUCACAUCUACAACAAGCUGGUUGUUCAGAGUGGAAUAUAUCACGUCGAACCUUUUCGCGAUUCAAGAGUGUCGGUGUCGUCAUCAAUCAAGUCUAUGACGUCACAGAACAAACUUCAGCGCACCAGGGACGAUGGCCGUUGGACGCUACUUGAGUCAGCUCUCAACGUCGUAUUCGAUGGUGACGAUAACAAUGUGAAAAAUUUGAAAGUGAACUCAGUUAACAACAGCGGAAGUGAAUACAGGAAGAAGAAAAAAUUUAAUCAUGUCAUCCAUGAUGACGAUGAUGAUGAUGAUGAUGACAUGAUAGAUGAUGAUGAUGACAGGAUAGAUGAUGCUGAUGACGUUCUUAAAAAUCAGAAACGAAAGUUGAGAAUUUCCACUGAUUUGCCAAAAAAUAAAAAACUUGAAGAAUAUAAUUUACUGCAGCUGCUAAAAGAACAAUACAAUCAACACCGGCAUCAGCAACAACAUCAACGACGCAAUCUGCAUCAACGACAACAACAGGCGGAACUUGUUCGAGUCAAUUCACAACCUCAACUACUGCAGCAACAACAACAGCCACAACAGUCGUUUCAGCAGCAACUGCAGCAACCCACACAACAACCAUAUUCGCAACAACUAAAUUCCCAACAGCAUACAGAACAACAACAACAACAAAAUUUAGCAGAGCCGCAGCAACAAACCCAACAAAACCGGCACAACCUCGCAGUCAACAUCGUCGAAACUGAUGCAUUCAACAGUCUACGAGCCAUUCAAAAAAGUAAACGAGCGACAGUCAUGAACAUGACAGCAGCAAACAAUCCAAUCAGAUCCACCACAACGGCUGCAGCAACUUUCGUAAAUGCAAGAAACAUGCAAACUGCAGAGCGUGCGGCGACCUCAUCGUCGAUCGACGCCACAAAUCCGUCAACGACCAUCUCUCUACCACCAUCAACAACAACCACAUCGGCGCGUACCGACAACACCAAACAACACAUAAACAACACUCCAAACAACAUCAAAAACGAAAACACCGUCGCCGCCAGCAACCAUGAAGACGGGGAAAUAGCUUAUAACGUUGACGAUGACGUCAUUGUUGACGACAACAAAAAUGACUUCGUGACACAUCAGGACGGGAAGGGGGCACGUGAUGAUGACGCUGACAUGUCCUGGCUCCGUCGAAGGGGUAACUGGGUUAUGCUCAGUCCCGAAGUUUUUAUGGAGAUGAGACGCGGAGGUGGAAAAUCACAUGGCGUAGAAGGAAAAUCUACGACAGUGAAGAAACGAGCUAAGGAAGUUAAAAUUUCGUCAUCGUCAUUUUCGUCGCCCAUAACCGGCCACAACAGCAAAUCACAAAAACAAAGAAAUGAAAUUUCCAACAAAAAUUUACUCACUUUGAUGAUAUCGAAGACAAAACUGAUCCUAGGAAUUGCUAUUGUUGGAGGUGCUGACACUGAUUAUAUCAUGCCACGUGUUGCUGAAAUACAGGAAAACGGAGCUGCUUUCACUUCCGGCCUACGAGAAGGUGACGUCAUAUUAGAAGUAGAUGGCACGUCAUUAUUAGGAAUGUACCAUGAAGAGUGUGCUCGACUGAUUGUCGAAAAAUUUAGAGAUAAAUCUAGAGCAUUGCUCGAAAUGAAUGUUGCUAGAAACAUAGAAAUGGAUGAGGACUAUGAGGAAUGUUUGAUGAGGGAACGUGAUCAAGCUAGGAGGAGUAAUAAAACUGUUGAUGUCAAUAGCUAUUUUGAAAAACUGUCACUGUGAUACUCUUGAAUGAAAAUUUCAAAAUAAAUACGGCAGCUUUUUAAAUUUAUAUCUGUUAUUUUUAUGUAAAAAUGUAGUUUUGAACAAUUUGGUUUAAUAAUUAGCUUAAUAAAAUAGAAUUUUAUUGAUUUUUGAUAUGACAAAUUGCAGAUUUUAGCUACAAUUAGACUGCAAUUAUUGUACUUUCAUUAUUUAUCAAUUCAUCGUGCAAAUGUUAAAACUUGUCGUUAUAUUACAUCUGAAACUAUUCUCUUUGUUGGAAUUAUUUUUGAUGAAAACUGGUUUGCCAA